CGCACCGCUGCUCCAGGAGUGCUGUUUCGGCCUGUUCCGCGGCCGCUCGGUCAUUUUCGCCUCUUUGUUUUACUCAUAGUGGAUUUAAAGCAGAUUCAACCCAAUAUCCAGCGGACCGUGCUCCUCCCAAACAGGCUCCAAUGAGAGGCUCUCCAUGAUGAGGAGUUAACACUGUCGGCCGCACACCCGCAGGAACAGACGUGGCCGCUGCACCAUCCACAGUCGACGCAUGGCGGUAUUAGGGAACCCCGACAUGCUGACGAGGAAGAUAAAUCUCCGUCACAUCAACGCCCACAUCACAUGUCGUCUGUGUGAGGGCUACCUGAUCGACGCCACCACCGUCACAGAGUGCUUACACACCUUCUGUAGAAGCUGCCUAGUGAAGUAUCUGGAAGAAAACAACACGUGCCCCACGUGUAGGAUUGUUAUUCAUCAGAGCCAUCCACUGCAGUACAUCGGCCAUGACAGAACAAUGCAAGACAUUGUCUACAAGUUGGUACCGGGACUUCAAGAGGCGGAGAUAAAGAAGCAGAGGGAUUUCUAUCAGAAACUGGGGAUGGAGGUGCCUGGAGACAUUAAAGGAGAGCUUUGCAAUAUGAAGACUCAUCUAGAUCAACGCAAUGGUGAUGCAAAAUCAGAAGACACGGCCAAUAAGGAGGCAGGAGAGGAGAAACCAGAAGAGGACAACGACUAUCACCGUAGCGACGAGCAGGUCAGCAUCUGCUUGGAGUGCAACAGCAGCAAGCUUCGAGGUCUGAAGCGCAAGUGGAUCCGCUGUUCAGCACAAGCCACAGUCCUCCACCUCAAGAAGUUCAUCGCCAAAAAGCUUAACCUGACAUCAUUUAAUGAGCUGGACAUUUUAUGCAACGAGGAAAUCUUGGGAAAGGACCACACUUUGAAAUUUGUUGUUGUGACAAGAUGGAGAUUUAAGAAAUCCCCCCUCCUGCUCCAUUACAGACCCAAGAUGGAUCUGCUGUAGCUAUAACGGACACAACGGUUGUUUUUUGUUUUUGUUGUUUUUUUAUUUUUUGGCCCAGUGGCCGCAGACUGUGCCGAAACCUUUUUAUUUAUGCAAAGACGAUCAACCAACACCAAGCAAACACCCGACGGUAAAAGUCAACACAAGCCAGCAAAUCGGGAUCUAAAGAGGGCGGGCGGGGAGGGCAAAUACAACAAAAACUGGCAACCUCCAGCACAGAUACUGCAACACUGGUGUGUUUUUAGGAACUAAAACAACCAUUUUUUGUCCGCUACAUCCUAGAUAUGUGAACAAAAAAAAAAAAGAACAAAAAAAUGGAGAGAAAGCAUAUAUUUAUACUUUUGUACAGAAGAGACACAUGGAACCAAGACACUACUGGUGCUCUGUUUACACGCAAACAAGAUGUCGGGAAUCACGUGACCGUCUUUUUGAGCUUCGUGCAGAUUUCAUCCUCCUGAGACUGAGAGGAGAGGAGGGCAUUUUUUAUAACAGGUGUUUUUUCUUUCCUCUUUUCACAAUACACUCGACACAUCUUGGGAGCACAGAAAGUAUAUGGAAAAAGUUAUAUAACAGGCAUCAAUUUUAAGCUGUUUAUCAAGUAAAUUGUCUCUGAAUCUUUUUUUUAUUUUCAUUUUGUUGGCUUUGUCUAAUUUGCUAUUGGGUUCUUGAUGAUUGUCAAUUGUGAAUAGGCUAAAAUGUUUUGUGUAGUAAUUUAUGUUCUAUAUACCAAUAUUGUACAUAAAAUGUCAUUACAGAGAGAGAUUGAAGAGAGUAAGAGAGACUUUAGACUGUUAAAAAAAAAAGAGUGGAUCCCAGAAGUGCUAGCUAUAUUUUGGGGGGCGAUAAGUGUCCGGAGGUGAUAAAUUAGGAUUUUUAAAAGACAGACUCAGUAUCAGUAUCAAAAUAUAUAAAUGCAUCUUUAUGUUGUCUGAGACAGACACAAAACAGAUAUAUCAAAUCCUCUGCCAUUUGUGUGUGUGUGGGGUCUUAGUAUGUUACAUUGCUCUCAUAGCAUUACUUUAGGGCUGGUAAGAAGAAAGCUUCAACCACCCCCUCCCAACUCCAUGCUCCUCGUCUGACCUGGAAUACAGCUAUCCUUUUUUUCCUUUUUUUUGUUUUUUGGACGUCAUUAUCAACCAAUUCUGUCUCAACAAUAAUGCUCCACAAAAACAGUCAUGUUCAGAAAUGCCUGCAUGACAUAACAUAAUGCAAUAUUUGGGCAGAGAACUUGUUCAUUUUUAGUGAUUUUAAUCUUGUUUUCACACCAUGCAGUCCUUAAUAUCCAUCCUUGUGUUUCUGCAGCAGCACCAGGCAGGCAAAUACUGAUACACCCACAUGUUUACAGCUCUUGGGUCGUGCUGCUAGCAGCAGAUGUUGCUGGCACUAUUAAACACAUUGCAUUUCAGUUUGCUCACAUUUUACUGCAAAACUCAGAGCUGUAAUAGACAUGAUUUUUGCAACACACCAGUCUCACUUGUCUUAACAGCGGGGAUGCAACAGAGUAGAGUACCUUAUUUUGUUUGAACAAAUUAAAUUCUGGUGAUUAGUGCGGACAUUUGCUCGCCCACUGAAUCUCUCAUUUAAGAGCAAAAUAUAAAGCGUCUGGUAGAUUGUAAGCUUUCUCUUCAGAGCAGGACUUCGUCAGUAAGAAGCACCACAGGCAGGCCGGUUUGAUGAGCAUGAGUACAGAUUACUGACGUCACAUCGUUGUGUUUGUGGGGUAUUUUUCAGUUUCUUCUCACUGCCAGUUGGAGUUGCAAAUGUGCAGAGCUGCACAGUGUUUCAGAGAGUCAAUUUAAGAACAUUUUUGAAAGUUGAGUGAAUAUAGCUUUUUCCACAAAAUCUGUAUAAAACUUGGAAUUUUUUGCAGGAUAGCUAGUGUUCAAUAUUGUUGACUUCACAAGACACAAAUUUUGGAGAAAUAACUUACAUUCAGGUUUCGCACAGGUUUUUCGAACAUUUUGAUAAUGUAAUUCUGGAUAAAAUGACUACUGAUCGGUCAUUUGGUGCUUACAAAUGUGUGUUUUAAUCUUGAGGAGGAUUGUUCCUCAGGAACAUGCUGUUCUUACUGUAACUGUGUGACACAGCAAACCAAUGUUCUGUUUAACAACGAAAUGUCUUAACUCGCAACAUUCAAAGCUAAACUGUCUUUAACCCUCCCACAACUGGACCCCUAAACGCCGUGUCAGACCUCAAGUAGUAUUACCUCACUGACCUGUCUCAUCAGUAAUUAAAGGACAGUUAUUUACCCUUUGCAUUGUACCUGCCCACAACAAGCUGUUUUGUCUGUAUGUUCACAUGCAGGGUUCCUAUCCAUCGGUAGGUUCCACCAGUCUGAAAGCUCUGAAAACACAAACUCUGAUCCAUCCAUGAUAUACACAUAUGUUGGAACUGCUCUGAUCAUUCCCAGUAUUGUGGAAAGUGCAGUUUUGGAUAGUCUCGAGGCAAAGUCAGUUAGCUCAUCUAUUGUCAUCGAUAGAUACACAAUGCUGGAUCAUAGAUGUUGAUAAUUUGGGAUUUGGAAAUGGAAAAAUGUAUAGGAACCCUGCCACAUAAGGACCUAUGACGUGUGUAUUAAACGUUUUUAUAGCCUACAGGUCUGUACCUAACCAGCUCAACCAAAACUCCUCCUGCAGUCUUUAAUAUUACUUCUCUUGGUAACUUUUAUGUUUCAAGGACAUUCAUCCAGUCACAUAUGUAAAUUGUUCAUUGUUCUUGGUUUUUAGUUUUCAUACCAAUUCUCCUACCUAAAAUCCUAACAGACAGUAUGGGUUUUAAUAAAAGGUUAAAAGGAAGAUGGCCUCCUGUUUGCCUGGAGUCAGUACGCGAUUGGUUCCGACCUGCACCAGGUGCUUGGAGGUGUACCUGUUUCAAGGCUGGGUGAAACAUUCUGUAAACACUCAUUGUAAACUCUUGCAACAACUUUUUGAUGAGACAAAACUUCAGAAAUUUAAGCUGAUAAAAAUGAUUAAAAACCAAAAACAAUGAGCCUUACCAGCUUGUCAGCUCAUGAAAGAGUACUGUGUUAGAAAAUCCCCACAGGAAUCAUGUAAUAAUUGUCUCCAUUAUCUCUGUGCAAGUGCAGACUUGGUGUGUUAAAGGCGUAUACACAGGCUGUUGUAUAAAAAUGAGGCUAAUGUAAUUAUCCAGUGUUCAGAGACGUCAGUGAUCUGGUUUGCAUGUUGAUGUUGAGAAAUGCUGUUAAACAUCGGGGAUGGCGGAUACCAUGUUCCAUGUUAUUUUGUAACUUCUGUAAAGUCUUUGCUCCUCACGUCACCCAACCAGAGUCGUUGUCAUGUUCAAAGUGUCGCCACCUCCUGGUUCUCCUGGUUCUCCUGUAAGAAUUCAGUCUGUUUAUGAUAAAUGUGCAUAAGCUUUUUCCUCAGGUGAUAAAGCUGUAACCCCCACCACGAAGGUGCUACUGUAAUGGUGACUACAAACAGAAAUAGUUUUUAUCAACACACUCAUUUCUGUAUAUGCAGAACACUGCAUACACUGCUCUGUACUGUUUAGGAUUGGCAUUGAAACAAAGGUUUCAUAACUUCAUUUUUUUUAAACUUUUUUUGUUUGAUGUGCUUGCGUUCACACUGCAGCUUUGUACUACAGUUUUCCCCUCACAUCAGAUGAAAACAUUUUGUCUUCUUAAUUUAGAUCUUGACCAUGUUGAUCUUUAGUAGUGUUACAGGAGGGGUCUCACGUUUGAAGGAACAGAUCCCCACGUAACAGCUAGUGUUUUACUUGCUCUGAACGCAACUCGAAGCAAAUUUUACACUUCAGUUUUAUGCGCACAACUACAGUGAUUGUGUAAUAGGUCCCAGGUGCUACACAAUGUGGGCGACCUACACUCAAUUCUGGGCCUGAAUGCAUCCUAUGUAGAGCACUGACGCUGCUUCUGCUCUGUAGAUGUACUGCUUUCACAGCGCUGGCUGUGUAGACACAAGGCUUGCGACUUAAUUGAACGUUGUAAUCUCGAACCGUCACCUAUGGAAACUGUCUCGAUUUGUCAUAAGUGUCACCAUGUAGGACAAAAACACAACACAGUGGAAAUGAGACCAAACAGAAUCUCAUGUGCAAGGUCUAAAACUAGUAACUGAUGACAGCAUGAAUGUUUUACCUACGUGGUGAUGUUCUGUGGAACUGUCUAUUUUACAGCUUGCAGGUUCCUGUGUUCUUGUUACAUCACACAAUAGACAAAUAUACACAAAAUUCUAAUGUGUGGAUGUUAACACAAAAGGCUGCAGUGUGAACAAAGCCUUUCACUUCGUCCCUUUGUACUGAGUAUUGUUCCAAGAGCCCUGUGAUCUAUGUGACGGAUGGGGAACCUGAUGGAACUGUUGGGGUCUUUGCCACAGUGACGGUCAGAAAUGCUCUGUCUCUGCCGCUGUGCUCUCUAUGGUGCUAACAACUCCUUGUUUCAAACUUCAGAAGUUUUCAAGAAAGAUUCAGUCAGAGACAGAAAAGCACUGUGCCGCGAAGUUCUCCUGUCGGCCUUUUCCCCCAAACGUCCUUGCACUGUACUCUGGUUGUCUACUCUUGUCGGAGCUGUCUCGCUGUGCAGAUAAAGAAGGUGCUGGCUUUUUCUGUUUCUUUUUCAUUGGUUUGUUGGCGGGGCUUGCUCUGGAAAGCAAAUUUAAAUAAAUCAUAGACUGUGACGGGGCUGAUGCUGUGAAAAAUAAAAGAAAACUGGUGAGAAAUUGGGUGUGCCAGCUGCAAUUUCCUGCCUCAAAGAGAAACUCACACUUAUUAUAGGCUUCUCUGGUGAGAUGUGUGGGCCUCCUCAGAGUCAGAUUGAGCCUCCAUCUCUAACAGUGUAUGACUUACAGUUGAUUUUUGUUUUAGUAUUCCCAAAGUUCUCACAAGCUAUAGGGAGUUUUGACCUUCUCGGCAUCUGUGUGUGUGUGUGAGUGUGAGAGAGAGAGAAUGUUGCAUCUGCCACCUCCCCUGCACCAGAAUGGAUCGAUGUUCAUGCUUUUUAUCGGCACCAACAUUGAGACAUCAGUGCGGCUAUGCUUGACAGGUGAGCUAAGAGGCUUACAGGAGGCUCGACUCUGCCUGGCUGCAGAUAGGGCUCCGUAUCGGCUCCAAAAGGUCUCCGGCACGGAGGGGAGGCCCGCGAUCUGUCAGAGCUCCAGCUCUCGGCCUCAUCUUCUCCACUUCAACCUUGAACGCCUGUCAUGCUGCUUGUUAACUCCUGCUAGGAUCUGUGGGUGAGCGGGGGUGGGAGAUUUCCAUUCGAGGUGGUUUCACAACUUCACAUGGACUCUCCGUACCAGUACCUACCACCAUGAUGUGAAGACAAGUAAACAAUUUAUUCGGGCUGCUUUGUAUGCGCUUACUGAGCUCGUCUCAGAAGCUCUACAUUCAUUUCUAGCUUGUUGGCAGCAGAAUCAUUGCUGGCAACUUAAAAUAUCUCUUCUUUGUUCAGUCCACUCAUACAUAAGUGUCCACUCGGGGAGUGUGAUAACUUUCUUUGUUGCCCAGCUCACUGUUUCUCCCUCAUUUCUGAGUCCUCUCUAAAACUCAGUAAUCUCACCGGCAGGCUUUGUGUGUGACGGCGAGGGAGACCUCAAGGGUCACUCAGAUGACUGCACGGACUGAAACACACUCCAAAAAAAAAAAAUAUAUUGUCUGGUCGGAGUGGCCAUGCACUGCUGCAGCUGCUGCCUGCUCUAAAAGGCUGCUCCACUCUGAAAAGCGCCAUGCUUAAGUGCACUGAAUCACGUCGCCAUGGGUGGUGCGGUUUGAAAAGCAAAAGACUGGUUAAAUUAUGGAUUGUUUUACCACUUCAGGGUCGUGGCUGUUGCUUUUAGAGAUUGUUCACUGGUGGCGGGAUCAGCAAAGUCCUCUUUUCAAAGACGCAGUAGUUGAAAACCACCCCCUUUGUUGUUUAUGUAUGAGUGUCAGAUUGAGACUGCUGGUUUCAGUAAUUCCCAAAUAAAGUGGGAAAUCGGUCCACAGCUAUCAACCUCACAGUGGCAUGCCCCGAUGAGCCAUAGCAGAUGUCAUCGAUAAAUCUGUCCAGUUUUUUUUUAUUUAUUUAUGCUGAAAAAGUGACUUCUGCAGUAGUUUCUUGGUUAUUGAAUUUUUUGAGAAGAGAUUUGCUCUCCUUUUUUGCUCACAAAUUUUGUAUUUCUCUUUUUUUGUGAAACCUAUAUUGAACUCAUGCAUAAAAUGGCUUAAAUUAUGAAUUUUGCAAUUGAAUUCCCUUUUUUUUGUAUUAUUCAAAGUGUGUUAAUGUCUACGCAAUGCUCUGUCUGUGUAUAACAAACACAUAGGUGUCUUCUUUUUUAGGUCAAGCAAAAACAACAAAAAAAACAACAAAAAUAAAUUGUGUGAAUCUGGCAAUGUGGUUAUUGUAUUUGCAAGGAAAAUGUGCAAUACACGGUUCUCAGAUGGUUCCAGGUUUCAGCAUAGAACUCCAAUAUUUAAUUUUUUAACAGUUUUUUUUCUUUUUUCCAGUCAGUUCCUCAGGUCACUAAAUGCCUUCUGGUCCUGAGGGUGACCAGGAAAUCUCAGAACAUACACUAAUGCACCCGAAAUACAAAACGACUGGAUUAUAUUUUAGUCUUGUCUCUCUCUCUUUUCUUUCCUCCCCGUUUUUGUCUGUGACAGUUUUCUCAGACUUUGGUUGUUUGUUUUCAGGUUAACACAGGCACUUGUUCAGGUGUCCUUUUCCUUGCCUCCUUUUGUAUUAUUGUUAUUUAUUGCACAUGUAAUGAAAUGGUUUCCAUUGCCACAUUAAAUUCAAGGAGUUUUGGGUCUAGAAUGGGGCUGGAAUUUCUUACGUACAAAACUACAGAAGCUUUUGUCAAAACCUAAGUGUGUAUUUCAUCAAUAAAUGCCUUUAAAAGUG